UACCUGCCCGGUUAGCCUAAGGAGCAGAAGGAGAGGAAACCUGCCCUAAGAAAGUUUGCUUGCUGCUGUUUUGAAAGUAAAACAGCUUAUCCUUUAUUUUAGGAUCCGUGCUGAAAUUCCUUUAUCUUGCCAGGUUACCAAUGGCGAGAUUAAACAGCCAGCGAUGGUGUCAGAGCAGACGGGACACAUCUUGACACAAGGAACCAAGCCUCUUGAGACCACCUCCAUCCUUCCUACCUCACUUGGCUACCAUCCAUCACCUGACAAAGAACAACAAAGGGGUCAGCAAUGGCAGAGAGAGGCCCACGUCUGGGGCUGACCACGGCACUCCUCUUCCUGGCGGCCUGCUUGGCCAUGGCCGGCGCGGAAAGUUACCAGAAGUUCUUGAGGCAGCACGUUGACUUCCCAACGACGGAGGCUCCUGACCCCCGGAGCUACUGCAACCUUAUGAUGAAGCGCCGUGACCUGGCCACCUCCCACCACUGCAAGCACCUCAACACUUUCGUCCAUGCGGACACCUCCAAGAUCCAGCUUGUUUGUGGCGAGGGCGGGGUACCCACCACAGGGGACCUCCGGGAAAGCAAUGCCAGCUUCCCCCUCACGCUGUGCCAACUUCAGAAGGGCUCCUGGGCCCCGGACUGCAGUUACAAAGGGACCGAUAACACGGAAAGGAUCAUCAUAGCCUGUGAAGGGGGAUAUCCCGUCCAUUUGGAAACCGAAGUCCCAGCUGAUGUGGGGCAGGAGGACCUGUGAUGUGUGGAGCCAGGAAAAGCAAUCCAUGUAUUUCCAUAUAUAUAUAUUUGUCUCUAUCUCAUUUUCCCUCCUAACCAUUAUUAACUGAAAAGAAAAUCUCACUUUAGUUCACCUGUUCCACUUUUAUCUCAAGAAGAAAAGAUAAUUUAUUGAAUGUAGUCUUCAGAUUUUUCUUUCU